GUCAGUGUGUGUGUGUGUGUGUGUGUGUGUGUGUGUGUGUGUGUGUGUGUGUGUGAUCAGCUGACUGGAACACACGUCGGUGGGCGGAGCCAUGAUGGGGAAGGAUUACAUGUUGGCCAUCAUCAUAGUCAACUAUGACGACAACAUCUGGACUGAUCAGAACCUGCUGCUGGACCCAGAUCUUCCCUCUGGCUGGAGAACCAUCAAAGACUCCACAGGAAUGUACUACUGGCACGUUCCCACUGGCACCACCCAGUGGCAGCACCCGCGCCUUACGGGGACGCCUCAGUCGCUGGACAUUCAGCAGGAGGAGGCUGCAGAGCAGAGCUCCAAUAAAGAGACAGAUGGACCACCUGAGGACAGGUCGUCGUGGCAUGAAGAUGACCUGACCAACCAUGAUCCCGACAUGAAGUGUUUCGCCGUGCGCUCUCUGGGCUGGCUGCAGGUGGAGGAGGAGGACCUGUCUCCGGGUCGCAGCAGCCUCGCCGUCAGUAAUGUCAUCCAGCAGCUGUCUCACUGCAGCGGCCCCGAGCAGAGAGACAGGCUGGGAGCCUGGGGGGAGGGUCGGGAGAUGAAGCUGGUUCUAAAGAAGGACACUUUGACCCUGUUGGACCCUCUAGACUACACCCCCCUCCACUGUCAGCCAAUCAUCAACAUCCGUGUCUGGGGAGUGGGCUGCAACAACGGCAGGGACAGGGACUUCGCCUUCGUUGCGGGGGAUAAGGACAGCUGUAUGUUGAAGUGUCACGUGUUUCGUUGCGAUGCUCCGGCUAAAGCGAUCGCGUCAGCGCUUCAUGAAAUGUGUUCGAAGAUGAUGUCGGAGAAGACACUGAUGAGACCAUCUCGCUCUCUGACCAUGGAGAGCAUCUCACCUGAAGAUCUGCCCAGACAAGUGGCGUUCCUGGAGGCGGUGCGGCAGCAGGUCCAGAAGUUUGACGUCCAGUACAUCGGGAACCUGCCGGUGUCUAGAGCCAUGGGUAUGGAGGUGCUGAACCGGGCCAUCGAAAGCAUCAUGAACUCUACGGACCGCGACGACUGGGAGCCGACAGUGAUCCACGUCACCGAUAAUGUGCUGUCGCUGUGGAAGGGAGAGGACGGCGAUGAGCCCUUCUGGGAGUGUCAGGUGCGAUUCCUCACCUUCCUGGGCAUCGGCCACGACAGCCACACCUUCGCCGUGAUCGUCGACGGUGGAACGCAGCGGUUCGAGUGUCACGUGUUCUGGUGUGAACCGGACGCAGGAAUCAUCUCGGAGGCCGUGCAGGCGGCGUGCAUGGUUCAGUACCAGAAGUGUUUGGUGGCUCAGACUCCGCCUCCGAGGACCAAAUCGUGGCGUGUGGCCCCAUCUAAGGUCAAGCGAGCCAACUCCAUGGAUGGCGCCGCCUUCCCCCCGCUCUCGUCCCGUCUCCAUGGCAGUGGCAGCAGCUCCACCAUGACGGCGUCCAGGAUGACAAAGGGGAACGGCAGCGGCAUGAGGAAGGGCAUGAUGGCGUUCUUCGAAACUUUCCGCAACAAACAGGCCGCCACCUCCUAAAGGGGGGCGGGGCCACCGGAGCCGGACUCACAGGUGCUGCUCAGGACAGCGUCUGAUUGGCUCUGGUGGUCCGACCGACUGAUUGACAUCACCAGCAACACCGAGGCCGACGCCCACUGAGGAGCUCGCCACCAUGAUGUCAGUCUCACCUGUUGGUGCUGCUGAGCUGAACAGCAUGAAUGUCUGCAGGUUACUGGACCAGGAACUUCAAGAAGACCAAUCAAUAAUCAGUCGAUCAAUAAUCAGCCGAUCAGUACCUCGUCUGUUUAAGGAUGGACGUGAAGGAAACAGCUCAGGACCGUGGGACUGUAAGCGCAUUUUGUUGAAGGAGGUUAACAUUUGAAAUGAUUUUGAACUUUAUUUUAAAAACGACUGCCUCCCCUAAAAACAGAAACGUACAAAAACGUAGAGAAGAAGAAGAAGAACUUCUUCAUCCUGGCUGUCAGAUCUGUUUCCUGUUUGUUCUGCUUCAAGCUAUGUAUGUUGAAACGCAUUAAAGCUGCACCGACACAUUCUGACCACCAGGAGGCCCCAGACAUACUAAAUACACAGAACAUACUAAAUACAUACAACAUACUAAAUGCACAGAACAUACUAAACACACAGAAAAUACUAAACAUACUAAACACACAGAACAUACUAAACAUUCUAAAUACACAGAACAUACUAAACAUACUAAAUACACAGAACAUACUAAACAUACUAAAUACAAAGAACAUACUAAACAAUAAAUACACAGAACAUACUAAACAUACUAAACACACAGGACAUACCAAACAUACUAAACACACAGAACAUACUAAAUGCAUACAACAUACUAAAUACAUACAACAUACUAAACACACAGAACAUACUAAACACACAGAACAUACUAAAUACAUAGAACAUACUAAACAUACUAAACAUAUAGAACAUACUAAACACACAGAACAUACUAAACACACAGAACAUAUUAAAGAUGCUAGACACAGAACAUACUAAACAUACUAAAUACACAGAACAUACUAAACACAGAAAAUACUAAACAUAUAGAACAUACUAAAUACACAGAACAUACUAAAUAAACAACAUAUUAAAUACACAGAACAUACUAAACAUACUAAAUACAUAUAACAUACUAAACACACAGAACAUACUAAACACACAAAACAUACUAAACAUAUUAAAAACAUAGAAUUUGCUAAACAUACUAAACAUACAGAACAUAGUAAACACAGAGAACAUGCUAAAUACACAGAACAUACUAAACAUACAGAACGUACUAAACACAGAGAACAUACUAAACAUACAGAACAUACUAAACAUACAGAACACACAGAACAUCUUAAUCAUACUAAACAUGCUAAACAUACUAAACAUGCAAAACACAAAACAUACUAAACACACAGAACAUACUCAACAUGUGACUUUACUGAGUCACCUGCUUCCUGUCAUGUGACGGGAUGUGGUGAUGUAAGCAGUUGCCAUGGUUACAGGUGUUCAUGUGAACGCAACAGUUUGCAUGUUGUGAGGAACAGAAACGUGUGAACAGUAAACAUGUAUGUUCUCUGUCCUGCUGUCACGUGAACAACCUGGAGAUGUCCAUCAAAGCCCUGUCCACAGUGAGGACAGCUGCCUCCUGAUUGGCUGAAGCUGCUAUAGAUAGAAGCCGUGGUGUGUUUAGUGUCCGUAGGAAACUGUGAAAACGCGACAGAAACACUGACAAACUGUCGCCGUCUUUCUGUUUCUGCAGUAAAACUUUGGCACAAACCAGCGAAUGAUGUCAUGUAUAAAAGAACCAAAAAUAAACCCAUUAAACUCA